AUGUCUUCAGAUUCUACCAAAGAACUCAAGUUUCUGUCUCUUGAUGGAGGUGGGGUCAGAGGUCUCUCGUCUCUGUUCAUUCUCAAAAAUGUCAUGGAAAAAGUAGGAUCAAAGAUGAAGAGACGCGAUCUGCAGCCAUAUCAAUAUUUUGAUCUUAUCGGUGGAACAAGUACUGGCGGUAUUAUCGCAUUGAUGCUUGGCCGAAUGAGAAUGAGCAUCGACGAUUGCAUCACUGAGUAUCAACGACUAGGCAGUAUUGUCUUUGGCAAACGACGCCACGGCGAGUACAUGUUCGAUGAGAAGGUGCUCGUCCGUGAAACAAAAGCUGUCGUGUUGAAGUAUUUGGGCAACGAGGAUGCUCCGCUUUUGGAUCCCCUUGAAGACGAUGCUUGUAAAACUGUUGUUUACACCUUACCAUUCAAGAAUGUGGUUCAGCAAUCAGCCACAGCACUUCGCACUUACAUCAACGAAGAUAAAGAUCCCAACCCAAAGAAAUGGACAAUCUGGGAGGCUGUCAGGGCUACGUCAGCCGCAACAACAAUCUUUGAGCCUUUUGUCCAUGGCCCACCUGGAAAACAAAUUCGAUACAUCGAUGCAGGUUUUGGAUACAACAACCCCAGUGAUCUCAUUCUUCAAGAGGCUAGAAGUCUCUGGGAGGGAGAUCACUAUCUAUCGCUCCACACUGAUGUCGGAGUGUUCCUCAGCCUCGGAACAGGCAUGGGUAAGAUCGUCCGUAUGGACAACGACACCGUCAUGGAAGGUCUCUCUGCGAAGAUCCGGGCUCCAGUCAAAGCUAUCGAGGUGAUGAAGAAUAUUGUCACUGGCACAGCUACCAUCCACAGAAAUGUGGCCGAGCAAUUCGGAAUCAACAGUGUUCGAUAUUACCGCUUCGAUGUGGACCAAGGCCUUGAAGCUGUGAAGCUGUUCGAUUACAAGAAGACUGAAGAUAUGGAAGCCGACACUUUGGCAUACCUGGACGAUAUCAAGGUUGGAAAGGAGUUAAAGAGAUGUGUGGAAGUUAUGAAGGUUCUGCCAUUGCGGGAACCCAGUCUGCUUGACAAUCAGAACGAAGAGGCAAAUGUUUACAGCUUGGGAGCAAACGGGAGUCUAGAGGAACAGAGGCUCAUGGACAGACUCAAUGCUCUGAGGAUCAAGCCCGAGUGCUAUACCCGCCAUUGCAAAGAGUGGGAAAGCGAAGUAAACAAGGAAGGGGCGAGGUAUCACAAGCUUCUCUAUACUGAACUGGGAAUAGGAUACAUGUGGAACGCAGUUGUCCAAGCAGAUCUACUCGACGAGCGCGGCCGAGAAAUAUUGUCCUCGUGCACACCCAACCCCGACCGCCCACAGCUACUUGUUUCUCACGACUGCAAGGCAGAUGUGUACUAUAGUCCCGAAGACGAAACACCCCAACGAACAGCUGCCAGGAUCGAGCUUGCGAACAAAGAUCUCUCAAACGCGUUCCAAAUAUUUAGACAACUUCUCUGUACGGUAGCGGGAAUCUGGGACGAGAGCAGUUUUCCUUAUUGUUGGAUAGCGAAACGCAUGGCGGGUAUUCUUGAGAUUUGGGGGUGUCGUCGUGAAGCGAGGAAUCUUUAUUUGGUGGCUAGGGAUGGCAAGGUAAAGGUGUUUGGGGAAGAUCAUUGGUCUGUAAGGAAGUUGCAAGAUAAAUUGGAGAGACUUACAUAUCAGUUGAGAGAAUAA